AUGACCUGCAUCUACACUGGCGAUUCAAUACAUCUCCUUGUCCAUGGAGGACGAGCCAGGGACGCUGGACGAUGGAUGCUGGACGCCUGGCCGGCAACAGAGCGGGAGCGGAAACGGAUGGUUGAGCCCUACGGAGUACUUGGUGCAGCAGGUAGUGCGUUGCGACCCGGUUGCGGCGACGUCAACGCCUACCACGGCAGACGGCUCAAUAGAUCCAAGUCAUACCGACGGCAUCCCGCGGCGGCGGAGAGCGACGCCCCCAGCACCUCAAAUGACUGGCGGGGGAACGGCUUGACGGCUUUUUCGUACGCGGCCAACAGGCUACCGGACUACGAAGUAUGGGACAUGCAGUUGAAGACGGAGACUCCCAACCGGGCCCUGGCAAGUUGCCAUCUGGGAAUGCUUCGUACAGCAUCUGCACCUUCGCUGUCUGUCUCAUUUGGGGCCCCUGUCAGGCCCCUCGCGUCUACUGGGGCAGGGCCCUAG